AUGGAGGUCCUCAAACGUAUAGUGUUCUUCUGGCUAUUCGCCGGUUCAAUCGUUGCCUCGCAGCUUUCAUAUCGGGAAUCGAUCACCGGAAUCAACUUGUUAGGGUCCCAUUUUGGGAUUCCCACACUUAAUGCCUCUUUUGAUUAUGUUGUCGUUGGUGGUGGUACUGCUGGUCUUACUAUUGCGACUCGUCUUGCUCAAGCGGGGAAGUACAGUAUCGCCGUUAUCGAAGCUGGCACAUUGCCUGAGCUUAUUGACAGUAACUGUAGCACAAUUCCUGCCAGCGCUGCAAAUUUCCUAGGGGCCAACCCGAAAACUAAUAAUCCAAUGAUCGAUUGGGGAAUGCAUACGCAAAAUAUUCCAGGCUUUGGGAAUCGCUCUAUCCUAUACAGCCAGGGCAAAUCGUUAGGAGGGGGGAGUGUCCGAAACCUGAUGUUUUACGUGAGAUCAUGCAAAGGCGCAUAUCAAAGAUGGGCCGAUGAAGUUGGGGAUGACAGUUACACCUUCGCCUCUCUUCUUCCUUAUUUCCAAAAGUCGGUUGCUUUCCACCCGCCCGACCAAAUCACUCGACCAGCCAACUCAACACCGAAGUACAAUGUUCACGCGUACAGUCCAUCAGGUGGUCCACUACAAGUGACGUACCCUCGCUGGGCAAAUGCUAUGAGCUCUUGGUUCAAACUCGGUCUAAGCCAAUUGGGAGUACCCGAGGUUGUGGACUUUGUGAGUGGAAAUAUUCUGGGCUAUCAGUAUACAGCGCAAACAAUAGAUCCCACAACCAUGACGCGAUCCAGUUCCGAGACCUCAUUUCUACGGACAGCAUUCGCUGAGACCACGUCCUUGUCUGUAUAUGUGCAGAGUCUCGCCAAGAGGAUUCUGUUUGAUUCCCAGAAACGGGCGACCGGUGUAGUUGUUGAAUCGAAUAAUGUUCUCUAUACCAUUUCGGCCAACAAAGAGAUCAUCGUGUCUGCCGGCGCUCUUCGCUCUCCUCAACUCCUAAUGGUAUCUGGGGUCGGUCCGAAAGACACACUUCAGGGACUGAAUAUCCCAGUAGUAUCCGACCGCCCAGGGGUAGGUCAGAACAUGCAAGACCAUCUCCUGGUUGGAACCUCAUACCCUGUUGAUGUGCUAACGCACGAAUUAAUCGGCUCAGACCCGGUGUUUGCUGAGGAGCAAGUCAUCAACUACGUAACCAACCGCACAGGAAUACUAACUAAUGUCGGCGCCGAUUUUUUGGCAUACGAAAAACUACCCGACUCUCUACGAAAGACUCUAAGCAAGAAGACACUAGAAUCGCUGAAUAGCCUGCCUAGUGACUGGCCAGAUAUUGAACUCCUUUACUACGACUCCUAUACAAGCAAUCAACAAGACUAUACCGCAUCCGGGCCGUCCGGUUCGUAUGCUGCCGCUGAUGUGGGUGUUGUGGCACCGUUCAGUCGCGGGACUGUGAGUAUCGCCAGUAAUGAUACUGCCGACAUUCCCUUGAUAUACCCUAAUUACUUGGAAGACGUCCGAGACCAGGAGGUCGUGCUGGCGGGAUGGAAACGUGCUCACCAGAUCUGGAAUACUCCGGCGCUGAAGAAAAUUACCACUGGCCCAGAGGCUUGGCCUGGCAGUAACUACACGACCGACGCUGAAAUCCUCCACAUCAUUCAGGAAAAUGCAUUGACGCAGUACCAUGCGUCAUCAACAAAUAAGAUGGGUCGGUCGAAUGAUACCUUAGCCGUGAUUGAUCCGCAGUGUCAAGUCUACGGGGUAACGGGCUUGCGCGUGGUUGACAGCUCGUCUUUUCCAUUUAUUCCACCAUCUCAUAUCCAGGCCACUGUUUAUGCGCUCGCGGAAAAGAUAGGUGCCAAGAUCAUUGAAUCUUGGUAA